AUGGCGGACUUGGGCCUCACGCUCGAGAGCGUGAGGGAGGCAAUCACCGAGAAUCUCGCCCUGACGAAUCGUCUGAGGGAAUUGUGGCACUUGGCCAAGGAGUGGUUGCACUUUAUCAUCACCCUUUGCUUCGUCGCCUACCUCGUCGCGCGCAGAGAGCAGCGACGGUACGCGCGACGCCUCCGCGCCGCGAAGAGCGCCAUGUCCUUCGCCCGGCAACGCGACGCGACUUACACCUCCGUGGAGACCGGGAUGCUGGAGUGGAUCAAUCACGCGCUUCGUCACGAAUGGCGAGCGGUGAUCGGGUCGUACGUCGACCAGAUCGCCACGGAGUCGCUCGAGGAGACCCUCAGGGCUUCCGAGACCAGCACGGCCGGCGUCACGAUCGGCGCGACCGUCGAGGAGCUCACCUUCGGCGUGGUCCCUCCGGAUCUCAAGAUGUACUGCUCGAGGUACAACCCGACGGAGGACUACCUCCACUUCGAGUUCGACCUCACGUGGCAGACGGUGUCUUCGCUCAUCGUGCUGAGAGCGGGGGUCAAGCCGUCGCCGUACCUCCCGCGGAUGUCCGUGCCGGUGUCGGUCACCGACCUGAGCAUCACCGGAAGGCUUCUGGUGGGAUUCCGACUGGCGAACAGGUCGCCGGGCGUGAGCGGCGUCGACAUCUCCUUCGACAACAAGCCCGAGAUCCACGUCGCCAUCAAACCCGCGGGGUUCGCGGUGAGCGACCUUCCCGGGGUGCACGAGUGGGUGUCCGGCAAGAUCGCGGAGGUGUUCGCCACCUCGUACGUGGAGCCGAAGAGGUACACCUACGAUUUCGAAAACGCGUACCUACGAUCGCUCGACGGAUCGAUAGCCGCCGCGUCCGGCCCCGGCGGCGCGCUGGUCGUGGACGUGGCGGGCGCGCAGAGGCUCCCGGCGACGAAUAAAGAGUCCCGCACCAGUAACCCGUACUGCGAGCUGACGUACGGCGGCGUCACGCGAAGGACGGCGACGCGGAUCAACACCACGUCUCCCGAGUGGAACGUCCGGGUCGUGUUCCCGCUCCCGUCCACCGAGGACCUACUCCGGCGAAGCUCCAACGGGGACAAGGGCGACGGCGGCGGGUUCGGAUCGCCGGUCGGGGUAUCGCGCGGCGGCGGCGGUAACGACGAGGGCGUCGCGCCGAGCGAUCCGUCGGACGCUCGCGUGGGCGACGGUCGGACGUUACCGUUAAGGGUCCGCGUCAUGGACUGGUCGCCGCUGGGCGAGCCGCGAUGCAUCGGCGAGGCGUCGUACGCCGUCGACGUGCGCCGUUUGCGCCGCGAAGCCUCGGACGUGGGGAAGAUGAAGGCGGGGAAGCGUAAGAGCGACGCGGGCGGGCCGCUGGGUAUGCGGGAGGUGAGCCUGCCUCUCAGGCGGACCAAGGGCGGUUUCGUGAAGCUCCUCCUCGGCGCCGCGGGUCCGUGCGGGAAGGCUGGGCGACAGUCUCCGGCGACACACGCCGCCUCGAAGCCCGUCGGCAGGCGAGCCUCCACCGAUGGGGGGCUCGCGAGGCAGGCGAUCGUGCGACAGGCGAGCGGCGAGGGUCGCGGCCUGACCCGCCAGGAUAGCCUCACUCCCAAGGAGCUCGAGAGGGGGAACCGGGACUGGCCGGAGAAAUACGUUGAGGACGACGAGGAGCCGAUCGAUGACUGGUCGCCCAGAGACAGCCCGCUCACCACGCCAACCUCCACGAUCGGCACGCCACGAACCCCGACGCCGGGCGUCGACGGCGAAGGUGAGAACGAGGACGACGGAGCUGAGGGUGGCCUGCACAUGGCUCAGACAGCCGCGCAUAUCCUGCAGAUGGCGAAAAUUCAACGCUCCAGGCGAGAGGACGCGCUGCGUCACAGGGAAACCCUCGACGCCAUGCAGCAUAAGAUCACCGCCGCGAAGGAGGACCUGCGGAUGGAACGCGACAGGCGCGAGUUCGAGCUGAGGCGCGCUUUGGUCGAGGGGGCCGUGUUCACGUGCCACACGAAACGGUCGCCGGGAUUCACGCCGGGCACCUACCGAAUAUGGUUCAACUCAAAGCUCAAGCGGAUCAUGUGGAGCUCGGGGAGGGCGCCGGGCCGCGCGUCCAAGCUGCAUCAGUUCGUGCCGGUGGCGUUGAUCAAGGAAUGCGUCGUCGGAUCCGGCGCGUUCACGCUGGGCGCCGAGCCCGAGGGACAGGUGACCCGCGCCGAGGCUAAGGAGCUAUGGCGGCUGGGCAUGAAGGCCAAGUCGCCCACGACGCUCACCAUGAGCGCCGCCGCGUCCGCGCGCGCGAUGAUGACCAAGAAGAUCGGCACGCACGAUCCGCUCCGAUGUUUCUCGAUUGUUCUCUGGAAACCCGAGCACGUCCAGGGGGGACCCAACGAUAACGUCAUGGCCAGCGGCGCCGCCUCGCUCGGCCUGGCGACCAUCGACCUGGAGUUGCCGCAGGAGGGCAACGGGCGGAGCGUGCGGGAGUGGUGCGAGGCGAUCUACGCCGCCGCGCGCGAGCACGGCGGCGGCAAGAACGACGACGAGGACGAGCAGGACGAGCAGGACGAGCAGGAGGAUGCCAGCGUCAGGGACGGCAAGUACUGGGAGGCUCAGAAGGAUGCCUCGGCCGGUGACGAUCUUCGCGCCACACCGCCCAAGUCCGCGUCGCGCCGGACGCAGUCAAAGGAGCUGAUUCAACACGCGGAACUCGUCCGCGACGCGACGCACGGGGGUAAGCUCAAGGGCCAACACGCGAAACGGGGCAGCAUGGGCAUACCGCUGUUGGACGUGGACGACUCCUUCGAGGACCUCGUCGCCGCGGCGGAGAAGGGCGGCGGCGGAGACGGUCGCGCGUCGCCGCAGACGCGGCGGGUCGGGGACGAGCGCCGAGCAGCCCCCGCCGCAGCAUAG